CCCGCCCCCACCCAUGCAGGCCCCGCCCCGGGGCGGCUCGCGCAGAAUCUCGCGAGGUUUGAGUCCGCAGGACCGGACCGGGCGGCUGCAAUAUGGCGGAGGCGGAAGGGGAGAGCCUGGAGUCUUGGCUGAAUAAAGCUACCAAUCCUUCUAACCGCCAGGAAGACUGGGAAUAUAUCAUUGGCUUCUGUGAUCAAAUCAACAAAGAGCUUGAAGGGCCCCAGAUCGCUGUCCGUCUCCUGGCCCACAAGAUCCAGUCUCCACAGGAAUGGGAGGCAGUGCAGGCCCUCACGGUGCUGGAGGCAUGCAUGAAGAACUGUGGGCGGAGAUUUCACAAUGAAGUGGGGAAGUUCCGAUUUUUGAAUGAAUUAAUCAAAGUCGUCUCUCCAAAGUACUUGGGAGACAGGGUGUCUGAAAAGGUGAAGACUAAGGUCAUCGAGUUGCUUUUUAGCUGGACACUGGCCUUGCCGGAAGAAGCAAAGAUCAAAGAUGCCUACCAUAUGUUGAAGAGACAAGGUAUAGUGCAGUCGGACCCCGCCAUCCCCAUGGACAGAACACUGAUCCCCUCUCCCCCACCUCGUCCCAAAAACCCUGUUUUUGAUGAUGAGGAGAAAUCCAAGCUUUUAGCGAAGCUGCUGAAAAGCAAGAACCCAGAUGAUCUGCAAGAAGCCAACAAACUCAUCAAGUCCAUGGUGAAGGAAGAUGAGGCACGAAUCCAGAAGGCGACCAAGCGCCUGCACACGUUGGAGGAAGUUAACAACAAUGUCAAGCUGCUCCAUGAGAUGCUUCUUCACUACAGCCAAGAGUACUCGUCGGAGGCUGACAAAGAGCUCAUGAAGGAGCUGUUUGACCGUUGUGAGAACAAGAGACGGACGUUAUUCAAACUAGCCAGUGAGACAGAAGACAAUGACAGCGGUUUAGGGGACAUCCUGCAGGCCAGUGACAACCUCUCCAGGGUCAUCAAUUCCUACAAGACAAUUAUUGAAGGGCAGAUCGUCAAUGGUGAGGUGACCACCUCGGCCAUGCCUGACUCUGAAGGAAAUGACCACUGCAGUCACCAAGGCGCCCUCAUCGACCUUGCUGAGUUGGACACUCCCUGCAGCUCAUCCCCAGUGUUGGCCCCAGCACCUGCACCGCCCACCUCAGGCAUCCCUAUCCUCCCCCCGCCCCCCCAGACCUCUGGGCCUCCACGAAGCCGUUCAUCCAGCCAGGCUGACGCUCCCCAAGGGCCUGACAGCACAAGCAAUGCCCUGUCCUUGCUAGACGAGGAGCUGCUCUGCUUGGGCCUUACUGACCCAGCCCCCACUCCUUCCAAAGAGUCAGCUGGAAAUAGUCAGUGGCACCUGUUCCAGAAUGAACCAUCAUCAGAUCUGGACUUCUUCAACCCCAGGCCAGUGUCUGCAGCUUGCUGCCCUUCAGAUGGAUCCCUGCUCCCUCCCCCAGUUUCUACCUCAAGUACGUCCCAAGCUCCGCUGCCUGCUCCUUUCCCAGCCCCCAGUACUGGUUCCUUCAUGUUCUCUUCUGGACCUGCCCCAGCCUCGGUUCCAAAGGCUGAGCCUGCAGCCCCAGAGUACCACAGCUCAGCACUGGGUGACAGCACCUCGCACCGCCUAGAUGCCCUUGAUCAGCUUCUGGAAGAGGCCAAAGUGACCUCAGGCUUGGUGAACCCUGUUUCUUCCUUCUCUGCUGGGACCACAGCCUCCCCACUGAUUCCCACCUCUGCCCCAGCCAGGCCUCUCCUGCCCUUCUCCACAGGGCCUGGAAGCCCACUCUUUCAAUCACCAGCCUUCCAAUCCCAAGGAAGCCCUCUGAGGGCCCCAGAGCUCUCCCUGGCCAGUGUCCAUGUGCCCCUGGAAUCGAUCAAGCCUAGCAGCGCCCUUCCCGUGACAGCCUAUGAUAAGAAUGGCUUCCGCAUCCUUUUCCACUUUGCUAAGGAGUGUCCUCCAGGACGGCCUGAUGUGCUGGUGGUGGUAGUGUCCAUGCUGAACACAGCUCCCUUGCCAGUCAGGAGCAUUGUGUUGCAGGCCGCGGUGCCCAAGUCAAUGAAAGUGAAGUUGCAGCCACCCUCUGGAACAGAACUUUCACCAUUUAGUCCCAUCCAGCCACCUGCAGCCAUUACCCAGGUCAUGCUGCUGGCUAAUCCAAUGAAGGAGAAGGUGCGGCUUCGGUAUAAGCUGACCUUUGCUCUGGGGGAUCAGCCGAGCACAGAACUGGGUGAAGUGGACCAGUUUCCUCCUGUGGAGCAGUGGGGGAACCUAUGACUCCAGCAAAUGCUGUCAUCUCUACUUUGAAGACAGGCAACGUGAGACAAGCUCUGGCUAGUCCAGCCACUAUACAUCCCGGACAGUGUUUAUAGCUUGGACAUUUGUCAGGAGCCAAGCCGCUGCUGUGAUCAUCUCUUCUUGGGCCCCUAAAAGGACCUGUUUUAUCUGCCUGUGUGACUUGAACUGGCCAUACUGUGUGGGUAGGGAGUGGCCUGCGGCUUCACUGGCUCCUGGGAUGGUGGAUUUGGGGCCUAGAAUAGGUUUUCCCUUUUUUACUGACUUCUGAUCCUUAAUAUGAGGGAGAGGGCUCUGAAGAGCACCUUUCCAACCCCUCAAAAACUGCAUCUUUACACCCUGAAGAGGCAUGGCACAGGAGACACUUCCUGUCAGUGUUCAUGCUUCAUGGCUAGUAGGCACUGUCGCCACCUGAGCCACAGUGGGCAGCGGUGGCCCAGAGAGACUCCGGAGUACUGUGGUCUUCACUCUGUUUUCUGUAGGCAGCAGCACCGGAAGUGGCUGCUGAGUGAGUGAGGCGCUGGUCCUGACAGUGGCGGGUUGUGUCCUAUGGACAUCUCAGCAGGACAGGGAACACUGCCUGACAGCCUCAGCUGGGUUGAGUGUGGGUUUCCCUUCAGAAGCAGGUACUGUGGCAUUCUGGGAAAGGCAUACCCCCAGCAGUGGAACAGGACAUCCUACUCACUACCUCUUGCUUGGCAUGAAAUAAACUGCUAUGCUCCCUUAACCAUGAAGGGAGACACCUGCUGCCACUCUGCACUCUCCUGCGUUGGUCACUCCCUUUCCCUGCCACAUGGUUGGACCCAGGAAGUCUCAGGGUCACACACAUUGCACUAGAUUUCGUCCUGUUGUGCUGCACCAAAACACCUACUUUCCCCCCGCUACUGAGGCACUGUCAGCGAUAUGCUGGGUCUGGAAGUGAUGAGAUGAGGGGCUAGACUGACCUGAAUUACCAGACCCUAUUGCUUUAACAGUGCUCUGCUCGCUUAGCACGUCCCAGCGGCUCCAGGCCAGAGACUUUAAGCUGCAAGACAACAGGGAACUCGGCUGCCAUAGAAGCGUGGGAAAGGUAAAUAGAAUCUAAUGGGCUCAGCUCUCUGCUGCCUGGGAAAAGGAAGGUGGCACAACCUUAUUCCUUGGUCCCACCUCACCUUGGGAAAACCCUUGCUCUGUCUAAAGGUCAUCUGACCUAUCUCCGCACUACUGACUGUCCUUAGCUAGCAGGCUCUACAGUUUCCUUAGGACAGGUCAAAAGAAUCAUUUUCCCUGGUAAUAGAGUAAAUCCAAGAGCUUUCCAGGGACUGGUUUACUUCAGCCCUGGAAUGUCUGUGGGGUUACUUUGGAUACAUAUCCUUAUUAACACUUACAUGUUUAAAUUACGAGUGCUGCUCACUGCUACUGAGUCACUGCUUUGUGGUCAGCGGCUGUGCUGGAUGCCACCUGCCCCUUGUUUUGCUGCAUGUGAAAUAAAACCAUUCUCACCCAGUUUGGAGCCCUUCAA